AUGAUUGUCCAAACCACCGCCGUUGCUCUGCUUGUUGCAGGGUCGGCCUCGGCCGCUGCACUCGCCAACGUGAAGCAGUAUAGCCAUGAAGCAGUCUUCAGCGAAGAUGCCGACUUUGGUCUUUGCAUCCCAACUAUGAAAUUCGAGGGUGGCCUCGGAGGCCGGCCAGCCAUGGACUUCAGUUUCUUACCCGCCGAUCCACUGUGUGCCGUAGGUCAACAAGAGACACUGAACCCAAAUAUCAUCACCAACCGGAUUUGCGACCGAGUCAGUACUGUCUGCGGAGCGAACCAAGUGGCCCAGACUCUCUGCCGCGAGGCGCAGAUGAAGAUCCGGACGUUGGGAACUCGCGACAAAUCCACCGCCGACACGUGGAACACACUGCUCGGCUUUGCGGGGGCCUUGACCAAUCCUGACGGCGGACCAGCCGAGCCCGAAUUCACCAUGAGAGAUUUGAAGAAGAUGAAGAAGAGAGACUCGCCGAGCGAGAAGAGAGCCAUCAUUCCGUGCUCUGUGACCGAGUGGAUCGAUACCUGCACGGGCUGGCCCGCCGCCGUGCCUGUGGUCAAACGGGACGCCGAGGCCGCUCCCGAAGCGGUCACCAGCGUCAACUUGAAGAAGAGAUCAGCGGCACCCGCGCCUGCACCCGCGCCGGAGCCGGAAGUCAAGAGAUCCGACAUCGAAGCCGACACGGCAAAGGCAAAGGCAAAGGCAAAGAGACAGGUCGAGUUCAUUGCUUGCUCCACCACCGAAUGGCUCGACGACUGUACCGGGUGGCCUUGA